AUGAGUUUGACUAAGGACACACAUCUUCCGAGCGAUGAGGAGCUGACAGUUCCGCAGGAAAUCGUUCUGUCGACACCAUGGCUCAAAUCAGUCGCUCCGUAUAUGGCUAAACACUGCGAAAAGGAAGCUAAUGAAUUUAUGCUCCGACGAAAAGAAUCUGAAGAUCCUCGUGCUGUUUUAAAAGAAGGAGCAGCUCUCACUGCUUGCGGAGUCAAUUUCCUCCAGUCGUUGAAACGCUCGUGUCUUCCACAAACACAGAAACUUGCCGAAUGUGUUGAUCAAGGCAGUGCUAAGCUGUACAUGUCUAAAUGCCAUGAUGACCAAAAGGAAUUGGAUGCCUGCGUCGAAGCAAAUUUGAACUUGACUCGACCAAAACUUGGGUACUUCAGCAAACUUCAUGUUUACGAUUCGGCCACUCCAGCUCCAGAAGUGAAGCUCCGUGACUACAAGGCCGAAGCAGCUAAAGUUCUCAAUGAAUUGCCAGCUGAGUAUCAUCUCCGCAAAGACUACCGCAAAUACAAUGAUUGGCGUUAUAACAUUACUGAAAGCUAA